AUGGCGACGGCGACGACAACAGAAACGACACAAUUCCCCCUCCCAAAACUCCUAACUCACCCCUCGUCAUCCGCCCCGACUCUAAUCACCCAAGGCGCCGAAGCCCGCCUCUACAAAACGACCUUCCUCUCCCCUAACCUCCCGUCCGCGCUCAAAUACCGGCCCCCGAAACCCUACCGCCACCCCACCCUCGACGCCCGCCUCACCCGCUCCCGCAUCCUCGCCGAGGCCCGCGUCCUCGCCAAAUGCCGCCGCGAAGGAUGCCCCGUGCCCGCCCUCUACGGACUCGAUGAGUCAGCGGGCUGGAUCAUGCUCGAAUGGAUCCCUGGCGCGCCGGUGAGAGUGCGAAUCAACGAGUGGCUGGACGGCGUAGUCCCCGUCCCGGGACAAGGACUCGCGGAGAUACCGGAGGAUGCGGCAGCGGCGGCAGCAGCAGGAGACAAGGAAGUGGUCAUGGAGGGCACGGAGGAGGCAAAAGCAGCAGCAUCAGCAGCAGCAUCAGCAGCAGCAUCAGCAGCAGCAUCAGCAGGACAGGCAGACGGUGAAAAGGUGGUCGGGACAAGACGGGACGCAACGGACCUGCGGGACCUGAUGCGCAGGAUGGGGGCGGCGAUAGGCAAGAUGCACAAGAUCGGCAUCGUGCACGGCGACCUGACGACGUCCAAUAUGAUGCUGCGGCCCCCUCCGCGGUCGGCCGCCGCCGCCGCCGCCGCUGCCGCUCACGAAAGCUCCAACCUGGACGGCGACAUCUUCGUCAUCGACUUCGGCCUCGCGAGCCAGAGCACCUCGGACGAAGACCGCGCCGUCGACUUGUACGUGCUGGAGCGCGCCUUUGGCAGCACGCACCCGCGCGCCGAGGAGUUCUUCCAGGACGUCCUGGAAGCGUACGGCAAGUCCUACAAGCAGGCGCCCGUGACGCUCAAGAAGCUCGAGGACGUGAGGAUGCGGGGCCGCAAGAGGAGCAUGAUCGGUUGA